CAACUACGUAACGUACAGUCUCUCUUUUGACUAAUCACUCGUUAAUUUUUACUAUCACCUACUGCGCACACGUACAAUAGCAUGCUUACACUUUACAUAACCGCUUACAACGCUAGCAUAUAGUAGUCCGUACCCGCGGUGUUGCAACCUCAGUUUUUUCCACUCUGACCGAGUUUAUUGUGUUUCUCUCGCAGCUUCCGACGGCCGUUCUCCGUAUUAUCCUGCUCACGAAUUACCAAUGGCAACUUGUGCCUCUACCCCAUUUGACCAUGCUCAAGCAGACGUUAUCUUACGAACGGCUGAUGGAGUUGAGUUCCGAGUCUUCAAGCUCUUCCUCUCCCUUGCCUCUCCAUUCUUCGAAACAUUGUUUAGCCUCCCUCAAGCACCUGAUGGGGCUACCGAUCAAGAGAUGAAGGAUGGCCUAGCAGUCAUCGCCGUGUCUGAGGACAGCAAAACACUAGAUUCCUUUCUCAGGUUUUGCUAUCCAUCGACGCUGGCAGAUGAUCCUUCCCUCGAGAACCUGACGGAUGUCCUGUCUAUGCUCGCAGCUGCGAGGAAGUAUUCGCUAGACCUGAUCGAGAAAAAAGUGUGUCAGGCUCUGGCGAAUCCGAAGGUUCUCGAGACGGAGCCCAUUCGCUGCUUUGCAGUUGCCUGUAACGCACGGCUCACGCAUGAAACAAUCACCGCUGCCAGAUACACCUUACGUCAGCCCUUGAUUCCGGCACAGUUCUCAGAGAUCGGGCUUAUCACCGCUUCCGAACUUCUUGCCCUGCUAACAUACCAUAAAAAUUGCAGUAUCGCCGUACAACCUUUAAUGAAGGACUUGAAAUGGUUGAAAGAUCAUUAUACCAAUCGCAAAAAAUGCACUUGGCUAUUUGGCCCAUAUGACAACGACUCCUGUCGCUUUAAAUGGUGGGCGGCAUAUAUGCGGGAGUUAUCCGAGUUGUUGAUGAAUAGACCGUCUGGCGAGACUAUCAAGCUGGAGAUGGACUUUUGACCGGCCUCAUCAGCAGUUGACGUCCAUGAAUUUAUGUACCCAAGAGCCCCAGUACUGUGUUCACGAUGACUUUUCGGGAUCUCACAGAAAGAGUUAGAUAUGUUGUCCUCGAUAGAAUUGUACCCAUGUAUCAACGGCCAAGACUCAUGUGUGCACGAC